UACACAACUAACACAGCUUGUCACCGCGCCCCACCUCUCUCGUGGCCCACGCUACAGCAGCCCCGCCGCAGCUGUUGACUGUGCCUGAUGAUCGACCAGGACUACGCGGAGCUUUUGGGGCGCUCCCCCCCUUCCGGAGAGGUGUUGGAGUGGACCUUCCCCGCCCGCGCGCUGGCGGAUGCGUUCGUGUUGCUGCUGGUCGGCACCCCUGCUCUCUGUUGCACGCUCUACAUGACAGGCUUCUCCCGGGAGGAGAGCUUUCACAGCGGGGGUGCCGAGUUGCGGAUUCCGACCCUUACGCAGCUUGGCAUGCGGAACAACCCCGUCGGGUUCACCUUUAGAGCCGGCAUACAGCUGGCCGCCAUCGUCGCCAUCCCUCUAUUCUGGUGCGUCAAAUUGGCCCAUCACCAGCGACUACAAGCCCGCACGGGUGUCGCGCGUUACGACAUCGAGGCCGAGGGAGCGAUAAGGUGGGUAACGGGGGCCUGGAUCACGGGCGCACUGGGCGCCAUUCUCAUGUACGCCGCGGCCAGCGUGCCGGGGGAAGAGGGCGCGUCGUUCUCGCCGCAGGGCGUGACUCACCUGGUACUCACCUCGUCGGCGGCGUGCGGGAUUUUGGGGCAAGCGGUAUGCACGGCUUGGGCGCUUCGGAAGGCCAGGCUGGUGUUCGUCGUGUCCGACGGCGACCUGGUGGCCUACAAGCGUAAGCUGUGGCUGGCGUCAACGGCGGUGAUCGUGGCGGUGGUGGCCGUACUUUCGGUGCUGAUCGUCGAGUGCGUGGAGGGCGGCACCUGGAACAUGGGUUGGAGUCUACGCCGCGGUGCCGGCGCGUUCGUUGGCGGGAGCGGUAGUAGUAGUAUUGGCGGUUUCGACGACGAAACGGCGGCGGUUGGGGAUCAAAACCGGUGGGAGGGCAACGUGAGCAGUAGUCGCGACUGCGACACAGAGUGGUGUUACUCCCGAAGCCUGCUGGGGUUGUGGGAGUACCUGCUCCUCGCGGUGGAGGCCGGGUUUUGCAUGGCUCUGAGGCACGACCUGGCUCCGGCUACGGGCGGCGUCGGGGUGGAGAGCUUCGUGCUAUAGAAUGCGCUCCGCGCUUUAGUUCAGGCAGAUGUCGCUGUUCUUGCUCAGUGGGUUGCGACAGAUCCGUUCGCGCCCAUUUUCUUCGUUCAGAGCCAUGUCCCCGGGUUUCACGCAGGCGGCGUUUAAAGUAUAGGUGAGUAUUCUCUGAGCGUGAUGCAUGGACUUGCACCUUGCUGUCGUGACCUCUAGGCGAUAAGUUAUAUUUUAGUCAAGACUUUUGAAUGAAGCCGGUGAUUGUCUCGAGGGUCAAGUGGUGAGGGAUGGACCGGCAGGGUCUUUUUGAGAAGUUUCCUCUGGUGUUCGUUGUUGCUGUUGCUGUUGCUGUUGAACGAUCCGGGCUUCGAGGCUGUUCUCUGGGGCCGUGUGAACAUUGUCGACCACAACAUAAUGCCAUGCAACGUGUAGGCUGAGGCCUCUACCCGUACUCUUCUGACGCUCUGCCCGGAAUUAGGGAGCGGAAUUCUCUCGUCCUUGAACUAAGUUAUGUAUGUCGUUUGUGUUGGAAGGUUGAUCGCCUCCAUGCUCGUGCCGGACAAGGGAGAUGGUCCAGGGUACAUGAAAGCAGCUGUGGGGGCGUCGGUCUGCGUUGUACAUUUUUACUUGUAGAGAUUCGUUGCACUCUCAUGAGGUUAGUGUUUGUAGGGUUGGGAGGUGGGAUGGGGUCGAGAAAUGACGAGUGGUAUAACGUUUACGGCGCAGAGGGGGGUAUUCGUAAACAUUUGAAAGCAGCUUGCAGAAAUUUAGUUUCCAUCGGACGGGAUUCGAGAAUUUAUUCACUACAGUAUAUUUACAAUUCGAAAUUUGGAGUGAAACUAAUGAUGGGUUGAACUAGCGACGUCCAGUCACCGAGGCCUACUACGGCAAUAAAGCUACGUGUGCGUCAUACACGUUCAUCUUUGUCCC